CUGGCGGACAGACCUGAAAAGGGGAGGGGAGUGAGGGCCUAAACUCUAUGAGAAAGAAUAAACAAAAAUAAACUCUUUGGAAAAGCAGUUCUCGGCGGGUGAACGCGAGAAACCGCUAUCCGAGGUAUUCCGACUGCCACUGGAAGAAAGAGGGAGUUUUGGUGGUAGUCCUCUUCUUCGUUCUAUUUCUCUUCCUCCUUUCAAAGCGGCGUGCCGACAGAGACGCGUCUGUUUGAAUAGGAACGAUGCACGGACCGCCCUCCGGCGACAGCGCAUGCCCACUGCGCCUCAUCAAGAGAGUGCAGUUUGGCAUCAUCAGUCCAGAUGAACUUAAAAGGAUGUCUGUCACAGAGGGAGGCAUCAAGUACCCAGAAACCACAGAAGGAGGUCGUCCCAAACUUGGGGGUUUGAUGGACCCCCGGCAGGGUGUAAUAGAAAGGUCAGGCCGAUGUCAGACAUGUGCUGGUAACAUGACAGAGUGCCCAGGACAUUUUGGACAUAUUGAGUUGGCGAAGCCUGUUUUUCAUGUUGGCUUCAUCACGAAGAUCAUGAAGAUUCUGCGUUGUGUCUGUUUCUUCUGUUCCAAACUACUGGUUGAUGCAAAUAAUCCCAAAAUCAAAGACAUCUUGUCGAAGUCUAAAGGUCAGCCUCGUAAGCGCCUCACCCAUGUCUAUGACCUUUGCAAAGGGAAAAACAUUUGCGAAGGUGGAGAAGAGAUGGAUAACAAGUUUGGUGUGGAACAGGCAGAGGGAGAUGAAGACAUCACAAAAGAAAAGGGUCAUGGAGGCUGUGGACGUUACCAGCCACGUAUCCGCCGCUCUGGCCUGGAACUGUAUGCAGAGUGGAAGCACGUGAAUGAGGAUUCUCAGGAGAAAAAGAUCCUACUUAGCCCAGAGCGUGUCCAUGAAAUCUUCAAACGCAUUUCUGAUGAGGAGGACAUGAUUUUGGGAAUGGACCCAAAGUUUGCACGUCCAGAAUGGAUGAUUGUGACAGUCCUUCCUGUCCCACCCUUGUCAGUCAGGCCUGCUGUAGUAAUGCAGGGGUGUGCUCGUAAUCAGGAUGAUUUGACACACAAACUUGCAGACAUCGUGAAGAUCAACAACCAGUUACGCCGUAAUGAGCAAAGUGGUGCUGCUGCUCAUGUCAUUGCUGAGGAUGUCAAAUUAUUACAAUUUCACGUGGCUACUAUGGUUGACAAUGAGCUUCCUGGCCUGCCCCGAGCCAUGCAGAAGUCUGGGCGUCCACUAAAAUCAGUCAAACAACGGUUAAAGGGAAAAGAGGGUCGUGUUAGAGGCAACUUGAUGGGGAAGCGUGUGGAUUUUUCUGCUCGAACAGUCAUCACUCCAGAUCCUAACUUGUCCAUCGACCAGGUUGGGGUUCCACGCUCCAUUGCUGCUAACAUGACUUUCCCAGAAAUUGUCACACCCUUCAACAUUGACAGAUUGCAGGAGCUUGUCAGAAGAGGUAACAGCCAGUAUCCAGGAGCAAAGUACAUCAUCCGUGACAAUGGAGAUAGAAUAGAUCUCCGAUUUCAUCCAAAACCAAGUGACCUCCAUUUACAGAUUGGAUAUAAGGUUGAGCGACACAUGUGUGAUGGUGAUAUUGUCAUCUUUAAUCGACAGCCCACAUUGCACAAAAUGUCUAUGAUGGGGCACAGGGUGCGAAUUCUGCCCUGGUCCACCUUUAGGCUUAAUCUCAGUGUCACAACCCCCUACAAUGCCGACUUUGAUGGAGACGAAAUGAAUCUCCAUUUGCCACAAUCCUUGGAAACAAGGGCAGAAAUUCAAGAGCUAGCCAUGGUCCCUAGAAUGAUAGUCACACCUCAGUCCAACAGGCCUGUCAUGGGUAUUGUGCAAGAUACACUUACAGCAGUGCGCAAGUUUACCAAGAGAGAUGUCUUCCUAGAAAGGGGUGAAGUCAUGAAUCUUCUAAUGUUCUUGUCUACAUGGGAUGGGAAAGUGCCCCAGCCUGCAAUUCUGAAACCCCGGCCACUUUGGACUGGCAAGCAAAUCUUUACUCUGAUCAUCCCUGGCCACAUCAAUGUAAUUCGAACACACAGCACUCACCCAGACGAUGAGGAUAGUGGACCAUACAAACACAUUUCUCCAGGGGACACCAAGGUCAUUGUGGAAAAUGGAGAGUUGAUCAUGGGCAUCCUAUGCAAGAAGUCUCUGGGAACAUCUGCUGGCUCCUUGGUUCAUAUCUCCUACCUUGAGAUGGGUCAUGACACUACUCGCCUCUUCUAUAGCAACAUCCAGACAGUUGUUAACAACUGGCUGCUCAUUGAGGGUCAUUCUAUUGGUAUUGGAGACUCUAUUGCUGAUGCUAAAACUUACUUGGAUAUUCAGAACACCAUUAAGAAAGCCAAACAAGAUGUAAUAGAGGUCAUUGAGAAGGCUCACAAUAAUGAGCUGGAGCCCACUCCAGGUAACACACUGCGUCAGACAUUUGAGAACCAGGUGAACAGGAUCCUGAAUGAUGCCAGAGAUAAGACUGGCUCUUCUGCACAGAAAUCUUUAUCUGAAUAUAACAACUUCAAAUCCAUGGUGGUAGCUGGGUCCAAGGGCUCAAAAAUUAACAUUUCUCAGGUUAUUGCUGUGGUGGGUCAGCAGAACGUUGAAGGAAAACGGAUCCCAUUUGGCUUUAAGCACCGUACCCUUCCACAUUUUAUCAAGGAUGACUAUGGGCCAGAGAGCAGGGGCUUUGUGGAGAACUCUUAUUUGGCAGGACUUACUCCAACGGAGUUUUUCUUUCACGCUAUGGGUGGAAGAGAGGGUUUGAUUGAUACAGCUGUCAAAACUGCUGAGACAGGCUAUAUCCAGAGACGACUUAUCAAGUCUAUGGAGUCUGUAAUGGUGAAAUAUGAUGCUACAGUGCGUAACUCCAUCAACCAAGUAGUGCAGCUGCGUUAUGGUGAAGAUGGACUGGCUGGUGAAGCAGUAGAGUUCCAGAAUGUGGCCACACUGAAGCCAUCAAACAAAGCCUUUGAAAAGAAGUUCAAAUUUGACUGCACAAAUGAGAGAGCACUUCGGCGCACACUGCAGGAGGAAGUGGUCAAGGAUGUAAUGACCAAUGCUCAUGUGCAGAGUGAACUAGAGAAGGAGUUUGAAAAGAUGCGAGAGGACCGACAAAUCUUGAGAACAAUCUUCCCUACUGGAGACAGUAAAGUGGUGUUGCCUUGUAAUCUAGCCAGGAUGAUUUGGAAUGCCCAGAAGAUUUUUCGCAUUAAUACUCGCACACCAACUGACUUGCACCCACUCAGAGUUGUUGAAGGUGCUCAGGAACUAAGUAAGAGACUUGUUAUUGUCAAUGGUGAUGACCCCUUGAGCCGGCAGGCACAGGAGAAUGCCACUCUACUGUUCAAUAUUCACCUACGCUCAACUCUUUGUAGCCGUCGAAUGACCGAAGAGUUCCGGCUCAGCACAGAGGCUUUUGAUUGGCUGCUUGGGGAGAUAGAAGCCAAGUUCAGCCAGGCCAUUGUUCACCCUGGGGAGAUGGUAGGAGCUCUUGCUGCUCAGUCACUUGGAGAGCCUGCCACACAGAUGACUCUGAACACCUUCCACUAUGCUGGUGUGUCUGCCAAGAAUGUCACGCUGGGAGUGCCCCGUCUUAAGGAGCUGAUCAACAUUUCCAAACGACCCAAGACUCCCUCUUUAACUGUCUUCCUCCUUGGACAGGCAGCGCGGGAUGCAGAGAGAGCUAAGGAUAUCCUAUGUCGUCUGGAACAUACAACAUUGAGGAAGGUAACAGCAAACACCGCUAUUUAUUACGACCCAAACCCUCACAACACCGUAGUGGCAGAGGACCAGGAGUGGGUGAAUGUCUAUUAUGAAAUGCCGGACUUUGAUGUCACUCGCAUUUCACCCUGGCUGUUGCGCAUCGAGCUUGACCGCAAGCAUAUGACUGACAGAAAGCUGACCAUGGAACAGAUUGCUGAAAAAAUCAACGCAGGCUUUGGAGAUGAUUUGAAUUGCAUCUUCAAUGAUGAUAAUGCAGAGAAGCUGGUACUGCGCAUUCGAAUCAUGAAUAGUGAUGAGAAUAAAUUUCAAGAGGAUGAAGAAGUGGUUGACAAGAUGGAUGAUGAUGUGUUCCUAAGGUGCAUUGAGUCAAAUAUGCUGACAGAUAUGACUCUUCAGGGGAUUGAGCAGAUCAGCAAGGUGUAUAUGCACUUGCCUCAGACGGACAACAAGAAAAAGAUUAUCAUCACAGAGGAUGGCGAGUUCAAAGCUUUGCAGGAAUGGAUUUUGGAGACAGAUGGUGUAGGACUCAUGAGGGUGCUAAGUGAAAAGGAUGUGGACCCUGUAAGGACAACCUCCAAUGACAUUGUGGAAAUUUUUACGGUUCUGGGUAUUGAAGCUGUACGGAAAGCUCUAGAGAGAGAGCUGUACCAUGUCAUCUCCUUUGAUGGGUCCUAUGUCAACUACCGACAUUUGGCACUGCUUUGUGACACCAUGACUUGUCGAGGCCAUUUGAUGGCCAUCACCAGACAUGGUGUGAAUAGGCAGGACACUGGGCCUCUCAUGAAGUGUUCCUUUGAAGAAACGGUUGAUGUGUUGAUGGAAGCUUCAGCUCAUGGAGAAUGCGAUCCCAUGAAGGGUGUUUCGGAGAACAUUAUGCUGGGCCAGUUAGCUCCUGCUGGGACAGGCUGUUUUGAUCUACUGUUAGACGCAGAGAAAUGCAAAUAUGGAAUGGAGAUCCCCACCAAUUUACCUGGGAUCAGUGUUGCAGGGCCUACUGGUAUGUUCUAUGGCUCCGCUCCUAGCCCAAUGGGUGGCAUGUCUCCAGCCAUGACCCCCUGGAAUCAGGGUGCUACACCUGCUUAUGGAGCUUGGUCACCAAGUGUUGGGAGCGGCAUGACCCCAGGAGGCGCUGGAUUUUCUCCUAGCGCUGCAUCAGAUGCAAGUGGCUUUAGCCCUGGUUAUUCUCCAGCUUGGUCACCUACUCCAGGGUCUCCUGGAUCACCAGGACCAGCAAGCCCUUACAUUCCUUCUCCUGGUGGUGCAAUGUCCCCAAGCUACUCUCCAACCUCUCCAGCUUAUGAACCACGUUCACCAGGUGGCUACACACCACAGAGCCCUGGCUAUUCUCCUACCUCACCCAGUUAUUCUCCAACUAGUCCCAGUUAUUCUCCAACUAGUCCCAACUACUCUCCUACUUCCCCAUCCUACUCUCCUACUUCCCCAUCCUACUCUCCUACUUCUCCUUCUUACUCGCCCACUUCACCUAGCUAUUCACCCACCUCACCUUCCUACUCUCCUACCUCACCCAGCUACUCUCCCACAUCCCCAUCAUACUCGCCAACGUCUCCCAGCUAUUCUCCAACAUCUCCUAGCUACUCUCCAACGUCGCCCAGUUACAGCCCUACAUCUCCAUCUUAUUCUCCCACUUCUCCCUCCUACUCUCCAACCAGCCCUUCCUACAGUCCCACUUCACCUUCCUACUCGCCUACAUCUCCCAGCUACUCGCCUACAUCCCCUAGUUAUUCGCCUACAUCCCCCAACUACACCCCUACAUCUCCUUCUUAUUCCCCUACUUCUCCUUCCUACUCCCCAACUUCUCCCAACUAUACUCCAACAUCUCCCAACUACAGCCCCACUUCCCCAUCUUACUCUCCUACAUCUCCAAGCUAUUCUCCUACCUCGCCCAGUUACUCGCCCUCCAGUCCUCGAUAUACUCCACAAUCUCCCACCUACACCCCAAGUUCUCCAAGCUACUCUCCAAGCAGUCCAAGUUACAGCCCAACCAGUCCCAAAUACACCCCAACCAGCCCCUCCUACAGCCCCAGCUCUCCAGAAUACACCCCAACGUCCCCCAAGUACAGUCCUACCUCUCCCAAAUACUCCCCCUCUUCUCCGAAGUAUUCACCUACUUCUCCUACUUAUUCGCCUACUACACCUAAAUACAGCCCCACUAGUCCAACAUAUUCCCCAACAUCCCCUGGUUACACGCCCACCUCCCCUAAAUAUUCCCCCACUUCCCCCACUUAUUCGCCUACCUCUCCAAAGUACUCCCCAACAUCUCCAACUUAUUCGCCGACAAGCCCCAAGGGCUCCACCUAUUCUCCCACCUCUCCUGGCUAUAGCCCAACCUCUCCAACGUACAGCCUUACAAGUCCAGCAAUCAGUCCAGACGACAGUGAUGAGGAAGACUGAAGAGUUACGUGAAGGCGCAUCUAAAGCCCAGAUAAUCCAAUGCAUUGACAUCGGAGUUUCUUCAUAUAACUACCAACGAUUCCUGUUCCAUUUCUUGGCUUUUUUUUUUUUUUCUCCUGACUGAUAGCUAUGAAUUGGGCAAGACAUUAACCUCUGGGGUUGCUGGUAGGAGAGGACAAAAAAGGCUCCCAAUUCUACAGGGGGCUCAUUUAUUUUCUUCUUAUAAUGACUGAGAUGAACAUGUUUGCUUCAUGUGAAUAUGAUUUUGCAAGAAGGAUUUGAACUGUAAAUCAAAGACUAGAGCAUAAUGCAAUGCUGCUUAAAUUUUGGAGUCUCUUUGUUACUCAAUCCCAACGCCCCUUUAAAAUCUUACAGGUAUUAACCAUGGCAGUUGUAACGGGGCAAAAAUUUUAUUUAUUCUAUAAAUGGAUCUGCUUUAGAGAAAUGGGGCUCAUCUGAAAUUUCAACAGUGAAAUGCAAGUUUGGUUUUUUUAAUUUGCCCCAUGCUACCUAUAAUUUACAUUUUUGUUUCAACCCAGUGGUUCUUUACAAGGGCCCUUGCUUGUGUCAAGCAAGAGCAGUCUUACGUGGGUAGUUGAAAGUGAUUUUGUAGGUUUGGGGGUGUCUGUCUUCCAAUAUAAACAGUUUUAUCAAGCAUUUCCAAGAUACCAAUUAGGAACUCCUGAUCAUAAACUUGUUAAUUUUCCUUUGCUUUGUAAUCGUGAGUUUAAUGCUUAGUUACACCAUGAACUUCAACAUUUUGACAUACCUCAAAAUGAACUGCCCCAUUUUUCUUUGGACGAGUCAAACUUGUCAGUUUUCAUUUCUUUUUGUAUAUAAUAGAUAUAUAUAUAUGUAAAGUAUACUUUGAGCUAAAGUGAGAUGCCCUUGUAACAAAUCUUUGCCCAUAUAAUCUACACCAAAAGAAAAUGUAACCUUAAAAAUGAGGUCCCUUGUGUUAAGGGAGUUUUAAUGAGUCCUUUUGUAGAUUACAGUCCAGGCGAUGCCUGUUGUUCACUAGCCUUACGUACCUUUUUAGUAGUUUUAUGUGCCAAUUGUAUCUGGACAAGAAGCGCUUGUGAAUUAAUCCAGCUUUCAAAACCUGUUAAUGGUGGCUGGAUGUCUUGUGUUUGAAAGCUUGGGGGGGGGUGCGUGCGAGUAUCCUCAUCCAAGUACUCUAGUUACAGUUUGCCCCAUUGUAGUUGUAAUCCUUCAAAAUGACAUGAGCUUGAGUUGGUUGCGUAAAGGGAAGGCCAUAAAGGAGGUUGGGCAUCCUUUACAAGAGUAUUUGGGUUAAUAUAUUUGAACAAUGGGGGUGGGUGGGUAAUGAGAAGUGAAACUCUUGAUACAGUGAAAUCAGUGGGUUUAUUUUAUGGAAAACUGGCUAAAUAAGUUUGCCUUUAACUAUCAAUAUUUUGUUUUUUUGUACAGUCAGAUAAAAUCCAAGUAUUUGCUAAAAAACAAAUUGUAUAGCUUUUUUCUUCUUACCCUGUAGCUUCCAAAGAUUUCAAGUGGGUAAUGCAUUUCAAAGGGGCAUGAACUGUGCCAAUUAGAGGUGGAGAUUCUCAACUGAGAGGUUAUAGCGCGAUGGGAACACAAGACUAAAACUGUGAAAUGUCGGUAUUAUUAAAUGCUAAAAUCCUGUGGGGUUUGGGGGGGUCUGCAAAAAAGGGUACAUGAUCCCUCUGUUCUCCACCUCUGAUCACUACAGUCCAAACCUGAUGUGAAGUGCACUGCUUUAUUGAAAAUGGAGAAAAGAAAGAUAAUCAGUGUUUUCUACUAAAAUCCAUGUACAGCUGUAUUUAAUGGUGUUCUUUUGAGUGUGAGGUUUUUCAGACUCCCGAGUAAUGCUGAGGGUGGGCACUUGUGAAGGUGUGUGUGAGCAUGAGAGUUGUAAUUAAGACAGGGUCUGUUUAAAAAUUGCCAUUGUAUAGAAUUGUUCCAUUUCUUCUACGUGUUCGUUUUCUGUUCUUUUUUUGACCUGAUAAGAAAUAAAAGUUUUACUAAUU